CAGGGCGGAACGGAAGGAUUGCAUGUCCGGGUUCUAAGAAGGCGUCCCGGGGAAGUAGAGCACGGAGCCGCUGAAAGAGCGCGGUUCCUGUAGUUGAUGAUUCUUCCAAAUGUGAAGAAUGGCUUAAAUCCAGCUACUUCAAAAUUAGUGUUUGGACAUCUUACCAUUCAAGUAGAGAUGAAAAUAUAUGACAAAUGGAAAUGUGAUCCUAAAAGAAAUUGAAUGAAAUAAGAAUCAACUUGAAUACAGCAUGGGGAUGUUUUGUUCAAUCAUUAGAUUUGAAAAUCUCUAUGAACUGAAAAGACUAUGCCACUGGGGACCAAUCAUAGCACUUAGUGUAAUAGCAAUAUGUUCUGUCAUGGCUAUCAUUGAUGCAGUCCUGUGGUACUGGCCUUUGGAUACGACAGGAGGAAGUAUUAAUUUCAUCAUGCUCAUCAAUUGGACUGUUAUGAUCCUUUAUAACUACUUCAAUGCCAUGUUUGUUGGCCCUGGAUAUGUUCCUAUUGGAUGGAAACCAGAAAACUCUCAGGACUCCAUGUAUCUUCAAUACUGUAAAAUAUGCCAAUCUUACAAAGCACCACGUUCACAUCACUGCCGAAAAUGUAACAGGUGUGUAAUGAAGAUGGACCACCACUGUCCAUGGAUUAAUAACUGCUGUGGAUUUCAGAAUCAUGCCUCAUUUACACUCUUUCUUCUGCUAGCCCCUCUGGGCUGUAUCCACGCUGCUUUUAUUUUUGUCAUGACCAUGUAUACUCAGCUUUAUAACAGGGUCUCCUUUGGCUGGAGUUCUGUGAAAAUUGAUAUGAGUGCAGUCAGGAGGGAUCCCCGGCCAAUCAUUCCUUUUGAGUUGUCUGCAUUUGCUGCCUCGUUAUUUGCCCUGGGACUGGCAUUAGGUACUACACUAGCAGUUGGAAUGUUGUUUGUUAUCCAGAUGAAAAUAAUCUUAAGGAAUAAAACUUCAAUAGAAUUAUGGAUUGAAGAAAAGGCCAAAGAUCGCAUUCAGUAUUAUCAAACAAAAGAAGUCUUUGUAUUUCCUUAUGACCUGGGAAGCAAAUGGGAUAACUUCAAGCAAGUCUUUACAUGGUCUGGAAAUCCAGAAGGAGAUGGCUUGGAAUGGCCUAUAAGAGAAGGCUGCCAUCAAUACAGUUUAACAAUUGAACAGUUAAAACAGAAAGCUGACAAGAGAGUGAGAAGUGUACGGUAUCAAGCAUUAGAAGACUAUAAUGGGGCCUUUUGCCCUGUUACGAAAGGUGUGAGGACUUUCUGUACGACUCCAUGCACAGAAGAACCUAGAAUUGUCCUUCACAAGGGAGAUCACAUUUUAGCCACCCGAGGACUGAAGCACUGGAUGUAUGGCGACAAAAUUACUGACCUGCCAACAAAUGAUGGGGAGAGAAUCAGAGGUUGGUUCCCAAGAAAAUGUGUGGAAAAAUGCCUGUAUGAUUCUGAAUCAGAUCAGCCAUUGGAUGGAGAAAAGAAAGCAAGAUAACCCUUGUGAUAACUGGAAAAGUUUGCUUUGGACCACUGUCCUUCUACUUGAAUAUUGUGUAUAUAUUAUUAUGUAUGGAACAAAGAUCACAUUUUGUGUGUUUGCAAGGAUGGGAGCUUCAGUGCCAUAAUCCUAAUCAUCUUUUGCCAUUUUUAAAAGAGAGGAAGCCAUUUCAUGGACACUUUUUCAUAUUAAAGCUUUCACAAUAUAGAGCA